CACAAACAUUUUAAAUUUUUGUUAGCGGGUUUUUAUUACCUUUUUUAUUUUUCAAUUUAUUUUUAAGGAUGUAAUUGUUUAAAUUGUAAAUGUGAAGAUGUGCGCCACAGCUGUAUGGAUUCUCUUGGUACUGGUAUUCUUCGCGGGGCUAGCUUACUUGGGUAGAAAUAAUAUGCAGUUCUGUCCGCCCUGCCGUCCACUCCAGCUGCUCCACAACCUCCGCUCCCCGCCGAAGACCACCGCCUUCCAGGUGAAGGAGAGUGACAGCGUCGACGAGCGCCUAGAUCGCCUGGCAGAGGCGCUGGCUGAUAAGGAGAGUCACUGCUACCUCUCCAAGUUCAAGAUCCUAUCGACCAAGCACGAGAUGUCGCAACUGGGCGACGGGUCGAAGCAGCAGUACCGGUCCAUCCUCGAGGGUCUGCGGAAGGAGCUGAGUGCUGCUGAGGUGGAGUGUCGCAGGAUACAGCAGCUGAUUGAGUGGGUGUCGCAGAGGAGGGCUGAAUUGAAUGAUGAGAUCCAACUAGGUCACCGCAUGUACGGGCGGGCGGCGACGGAGCUCGCCAGCAACCUGACAGACCUCCAGCAGGGGCGGUCGCUGUGUCGACCUGCGCCCUACCAGGUGCAGACUGCGGUAGGAUGUCGGUGUAAAGAGUAGGAGUUUCGCCUUUACUAAAGACUAAGUUGGCGCAGCUCUGAUGAAUCAAACACACUGACUCAUAAGUAAAGUUUUCAAUUUUUUUAAAUCGACAUU